AUGGCAGCGAGCAGAGGGUUUUCGCUUCAAAUAGAGAUAAGGGAAAGUAGUACCGAACAACCUAUUGCUUUCAAAGUGGACGGUGAACGAUUUGACGGAGGAAAUCGUACGUUGAAGUUCUCAGUCAAUACCACGUAUAAGAUAAAUUUGAUUUUCAAACCAGCAGUAGAAAUAAACUCAUUCAAUCUUGGAGGUUCAUUACUUGAACUGGAUUCAACAAAUUCGAACUAUGGACAGUAUACAGCAGUUUGGAACUCAAGUGGGGUGAACUGUUGUAAGAAAGGUUGUCGAGAGAACAUAAAUCUGAUACUACAAGGACCUGAUGGAGUUUUGAAAAAACAACUUCAAUGUAAAUUCUACAGAAAGGAAGACACCCAUGUCAGCUGGGGAUCAAAGCUGAAUUCAAUGGAUUGGACGUGUGCCAUUAUUGAUUCUAGUAUUUCCGUAGUUGACGAGACUUUCAAAUAG